AAUAAUCCCCCUUAUUUACACAGCUUCCGGAUCUUUUGUCAAUAAAACAUCUCUCUGUCUGCUUUGUGAGAGGUUUGCAGUGUAGACCAUGGCGACAAUAGAGACGCUAGACGGGCCACAGCCUAUAUGCUACAUCAAUGGGAAGCGAUACGUACUGCCUCCUGGUCGAGGCGAGACAACCUUGCUUCAGUUCCUCAGGGAAAACGGUCUAAAAGGCACCAAGCUUGGGUGCGGCGAAGGAGGAUGCGGAGCUUGCACGGUUAUGCUGUCGCAUUGGGAGGAUGGUCACGUGGUCCACCGGUCGGCUAAUGCAUGCCUUUGUCCGCUAUAUGCGGUUGAGGGCAUGCAGGUUAUAACAGUAGAAGGCCUGGGCACCGUGCGAGAGGGGUUGCACCCCAUCCAGAAGAGGCUAGCGCAGAUGCACGGCUCGCAGUGCGGCUUCUGCACACCGGGAUUCGUCAUGUCCAUGUAUGCGCUGCUGCGCUCGAGCGAGGGGCCGCCUAGCGAGGAGGAGAUCGAGGAUGCGCUGGGAGGAAACCUCUGUCGCUGCACCGGCUACCGGCCCAUCCUGGACGCCUUCAAAACCUUCGCCAAAACCGACCCCGCAGCAUACACGCAGGAAGCCAUCAGCGCAGCAGCAGGCAACGGCUCCGAAACCCCAACCGCCAGCAACGGUACCAACGGCAUCACCAGCAGCAGCAGCUGUGGAGCUUCCUCCGCAGCCACCAACUGCGCCUCCACGCCACCAGGAAAGGUCUGUCCCUCAAGCGGCCUGCCCUGCGACUGCAUCGGCGCUAAGGCCGCAGCUGCCGCUGCUGCUCCCGACGGGGUAACAGCAGCCGAUAGCAGCAGCGGCUGCUGCGCUGGCGGAGCUGCUGGGAAGGGUGGUGGGGCGUCUACGGGAUGCAGCAGUGGGGGCUGCGGAGCGGCGAAGUGCUGCAAGAAGUCCGGGAACGUGUGCGGAGACGCUGGUGUUGGUGGUGCGGCAGUGGCAGCGGCUGUGGUUCCGGAGCGGGCCCCCUGCGAGCCCAUCUUUCCACCGGAGCUGAAGCAGCGGCCCGCCUUCGACUUGACCAUGCCAGGCCCCGUGCUGACGUGGCACCGCCCCUCCUCCCUGGACCGGCUGCUGGCGCUGAAGGCGGCGCACCCCGCUGCUCGCCUGGUGGUGGGCAACACGGAGGUGGGCAUCGAGAUGAAGUUCAAGGCGGCGGCCUACCCGGUGCUCAUUGCGCCCACGCAUGUCAAGGAGAUGAACGAGAUCACGGUGACGGACAGCGGUGUUGAGGUCGGCGCCGCGGUGACCCUCACCCGGCUGCUGGCGGCCUUCAAGGGCCUCAUCGCCUGCCGCCCCCGCCACCAGGUGGCAGCCCUGGAGGCCAUCGUGAACCAGCUCAGGUGGUUCGCCGGCAACCAGAUCCGCAACGUGUCAGCGGUGGGCGGCAACAUCGUGACCGGCUCGCCCAUCUCCGACCUCAACCCGCUGUGGAUGGCGGCGGGGGCAACGUUUGUGGUGCUGGGGCAGGGCACCGGCGAGCGGCGAGUGAGCGCAGCGGACUUCUUUGUGGGGUACAGGCAAGUGGAUCUGCGACCGCACGAGGUGCUGCUGCGGGUGCUGCUGCCCUUCUCCCGCCGCCUGGAGUACGUGCGGGAGUUCAAGCAGAGCCCCAGGAGGGAGGACGACAUCGCUAUCGUAAACGCGGGCAUGCGCGUCAGGUUAGCUCCCGGCGCCUCGGAGGGCUCGUGGGUGGUGGAGGAGGCGGCCAUUGCCUUUGGUGGCGUCGCCCCCAAGGCGAUCAUGGCUCCGGCGGUGGCGGCGGCGAUGGUGGGGCAGCCUUGGGACCAACAGACGCUGCAGGCGGUGCUGGCGGCUGUACGGCAGGACGUGGUGAUGUCUGACAACGCCCCCGGCGGCAAGGUGGAGUUCCGUCGGGCGCUGGCGGCGUCCUUCCUGUUCAAGUUCUUCGUGCACACCGCCCUCAGGCUGGAGGCUGACACUGCUGCUGCCUACAAGUCCAACCUGCCGCCAGAUUACCUCUCGGCUGCGAAACCCUACGAGCGGCCCCCCGCGCGUGGCGUGCAGUUCUAUGCUGAAGCCCAGGCUCCUACGGACUCCGAAACCACGGUGUCGGUGGUGGGUCAGCCCUACCACCACAUGGCUGCCGAGCUGCAGGUGACGGGUGAGGCGCAGUACACGGACGACAUCAAGCUCACGUCGGACGCGCUGGUGGCGGCGCUGGUGACCUCCGUCAAGCCGCAUGCGCGAAUCACCCGACUGGACCCCUCGGCGGCGCUGCAGGUGCCCGGUGUGGUGGGCUUCUACAGCGCCAAGGACGUGCCGGGCAGCAACGCCAUCGGGCCCGUGUGGACGGACGAGGAGGUGUUCGCGACAAGCGAGGUCACCGCAGUGGGCCAGGUGAUCGGCAUCGUGGUGGCCUCCAGCGAGGCGGCUGCCCGCGCAGGUGCCCGGGCAGUGGUGGUGGGCUACGAGGAGCUGCCGGCCGUCAUGUCCAUCGAGGAAGCCAUUGAGGCGGGCUCCUUCUAUCAGGACUACACCGGCAAGUUGGAGUGCGGAGAUGUGGACGCUGCCUGGUCCCAGUGUGACCACAUCAUCACGGGCACCUACAAGCUUGGUGGCCAGGAGCACUUCUAUCUGGAGCCCAACAACUGCGUGGUGAUACCGCAGGAGAACGACGAGUUCACACUCUUCAGCUCCACCCAGGCUCCGGCAAAACACCAAAAGUACGUGGCCUCUGUGCUUGGCGUGCCGGCUCACAAGGUGGUCUCCAAGACCAAGCGGCUGGGCGGUGGUUUCGGCGGCAAGGAGACUCGCGGCAUCUUCCUGCACUGCGCCGCUGCGGUGCCGGCCUACCACCUGCGCCGCCCCGUGCGGCUGUGUCUGGACCGAGACGAGGACAUGCAGAUGACGGGCCAGCGCCACGCCUUCCUGGCGACCUACAAGGUGGGCUUCAGCGCCGCGGGGCGAGUGCUGGCCGCCGAGCUGGAUCUGUACAACAACGCCGGCAACAGCCACGACCUCAGCCACUCCAUUAUGGACCGGGCCCUGCUGCACAGCGACUGCGUGUACAAGGUGCCCAACAUGCGGGUCCGGGGACACUUGUGCCGCACCAACCAGUCAUCCAACACCGCCUUCCGCGGCUUUGGCGGGCCGCAGGGCCUCAUGUUUGCAGAGAUGUGGAUUGAGCAGAUCGCCAAGACGCUGAACCUGCCGGACGCUGAGGUGCGCUCCCUCAACAUGUACCGCGAGGGCGAUGUGACGCACUUUGGACAGGUGCUGGAGGCCUGCCGCGCGCGCGCAUGCUGGGAGCAGGUGCUAGCUAGUUCCGAGUACGAGCGGCGGCUGCAGCAGGUAGCGACCUUCAACCUGGAGAACAGGUGGCGCAAACGCGGGCUGGCCGCCACGCCCACCAAGUUCGGCAUCUCCUUCACCACCAAGUUCCUCAACCAGGCGGGGGCGCUGGUGCAUGUCUACCUGGACGGAUCGGUGCUGGUCACACACGGGGGCGUGGAGAUGGGGCAGGGGCUACACACCAAGAUGGCGCAGGUCGCGGCCCAGGCGCUAAACGUGCCCCUGUCCAAGGUCUUCAUCAGUGAGACCUCAACCGACAAGGUGCCAAAUGCCUCCCCCACUGCCGCGUCAGCAUCCUCCGACAUGUACGGCGGUGCCGUACUGGACGCCUGCCGCCAAUUGAACGAGCGCCUGGCGCCGUACAGGGCCAAGCUCUCAAGCGGCAGCUGGAAGGACGUGGUCAACGCCGCCUAUCUGGAUCGAGUCGACCUUUCGGCGCACGGCUUCUACGCAACACCCGACAUCACGGGCUUUGGUGGCUCGCGACCCUUCAACUACUUUUGCUUCGGGGCCGCAGUUAGUGAGGUGGAGCUGGACGUGCUAACGGGGGACAUGCAGGUGCUGCGCUCGGACCUUGUAAUGGACGUGGGCAACCCAAUCAACCCCGCCAUUGACAUCGGCCAGGUUGAGGGUGGCUUCGUGCAGGGCAUGGGCUGGCUGGUGCUGGAGGAGCUGAUGUGGGGCGACAAGCAGCACCCCUGGAUCCGGCGCGGCCACCUGUUCACCAAGGGCCCCGGCACCUACAAGAUCCCCUCCGUGAAUGACAUCCCGGUGGACUUCAGAGUCCAGCUGCUGGCCGACGCGCCCAACGUGCGAGCGAUCCACUCAUCCAAGGCCGUAGGCGAGCCACCGUUCCACCUGGGAGCAUCGGUGUUCUUUGCCCUAAAGGAAGCUGUGUAUGCUGCACGUGAUGCGGCCGGGUGCUCCGGAUAUUUCGUCCUCGACGCACCUGCCACGCCCGAACGGCUGCGACUGCUGUGUUCUGAUGGGGUGGUGAUGCCAUACGUGCGCGCGGAAAUCAGGCCCAUGAUAAGCUGCUGAAUGCUGGAUUGAUAAAUGCGGAUGGAGGACACGCUGCACAUACAGAAGCAGCCAGUUUCGUUCUUUAACCUUGUUUGGCUUGUGCUAUUGCUGGACAUCAGACAUGUAUGCUUGUUGGUAAACAAGAACUUAAUAGACCUGCGGCCUGAAUUCAAUGUUGACAGACAUAAAGGCAACAAAUUAAUGUGGUGUAUAACGCUCUAUUUGGCCAUACAUGUAGCCCAUCCACUUGGGGUCUCCCUCUCUAAGGCUUCUCGUCAGUAUACUAAUUCGGCCUUUCUUCGGCGGGAAGCUACGGGGCUUCCUGCAACCCAAGAGCUUCCUGCGGGUAUUUUGGAUGGGUGGCCUUCGGGACUCCACAACCUCUGGAGGGUUCGCUGGGAGAAUUGCUUUAAGGAGGCGUUUUGGCGUUUGGGAUUCCGUUACUUGGGAAGCAGUGUAGGGUAGGGUUCAUCACCUGUGUUCCCAGGGAGCCAUUGUAACGGUAUUCAUAACGG